CCGUACUGAUGUGUUACUGAGUUGAUGACAACAGCACUUCCGCGACCGCGCAGCGGUCGAACGAAAGUUUGCGCCUUGAAAGAUUCAUCAACGUUAUCUGGAACAUUUCGAAUAUCAUGAAAUGCUAAUGAGAUGCACGAGCCACCUGAUUCCUCAUAUUUCGAGACUUUAAAUAACACGUGUGCGACGACGAACGACAUGACUUGAAGGAAGAUAACCAACAUUUAAUCGCGACGAGUUAAAAAUCAAGCGUAUGGUAAUCGAUUCAAAAGUAGUCGCACACAUAUUCGACGUUUUGACUCGAUAUAUACUUUCGAAGCAGGACCGCGAUUCCGGUAGACGGACAACGGAGUCCUGUCGGUGAGAUCAAACGGGGCAACGAGGCGUCCGGAGCCAUUCCUGCGCCUCCCUCCAAACGCACCGGUGGUUUCGCACAGCAGCGCGACGCGACGCGACGCGACACGACGCGACGCGUUGCGGUCAGUCUUCGUCGAUCGUGUUGCUUGGUGUGUUUGUUUGUCGUGUUCGAGGAACACUUUGGUGAACAUCCGCAAGCCCGCGGGGACUGUGAGAGUGCGUGCGAGAACUGCGAGCAACGAGCGGAAACAUCCUCUCGGACUGUGCGAGUACUCGCGGCGCUCCCGUGUGUAUUACGUACAUGCUACAAUGUCUUUGGGAUCCUUCAACGAACGAUGACACGCCCGCAACGACGACAGUCGCGGACAGCCGAGCCGUUGUCGUGAGCGGAUGCUCGCGAAGACUGCUCCUCGAGGACGGCGCAUCAAUUCCCAGCGAGAACGAGGACGAGGACGACUACGACGACGAGGACGAGGACGACGACGACGACGACGACGACGACGACGACGGUGGUGGUCGUGGUGGUGAAGUAACACAGCCGAGUCGAACCACUCGUCGAUGGUACUGCUGUUGCGAUACGAGCACUGCUCCGCGGAUACGUCACAUUCGUGCGCCCGAUGUCGCAUAGAGGCUACCGCGGGAGCUAUAACUGCGAGGUUCAAUGUGACCUUGUAAAAACAAAAUAGACAGAUGACAACCUUCUCAAGAAAAAGGUAUGGCAAGCUUGAUGGUGAACGCCUCUAGUAAGAACAGCUCGCGCAGUGGGUCUCCUAGUAGAGCAACUUCAAUAUCCCAGCUACACCAGCAGCAAUCAACAGGAAGCUUGGAUCACACUCCACGAUUGCGUAAUGUUCCAAUUUCUCAAGCAGGAGAGGGUAGCACAGGCAGUGGAAGUAGUGGUGGUGGUGGUGGUGGUACUGGUACUGGAAGUGGUCUCAGUAUGAAGAACAGCAGUAGACAAAGAUCACCAGGAACUGUAAUUCGCAUGGGAGAUGCUAUGGAUGAACCAAGUAGUAAUCCAAACACUGCCGAACCAGAUGAGUUUGUGCCAAAUAUUCAUCCACCAACUGAUGAUGAAGGAGAACAAUAUCACACAACUCCAUCGUUCCUAUCGAAUGGCUCUUCUGAAUUGAUCGCCGACGAUGUUGAUUCUAGUGCAACGCGUGUUCGUCAAGCUAUUGAACAUAUUCAAAGUAAAAUUGCUAAGACGCGGGAGCUAAUAAGAAUAGAACAAACUACGCGGGAUGAAAAUGUCAAUGAAUAUUUGAAAUUAGCUGCUAACGCAGACAAACAGCAAUUAACAAGAAUUAAAACAGUAUUUGAGAAAAAGAAUCAAAAAUCAGCUCAUAGUAUCGCACAGCUGCAAAAAAAAUUAGACAGUUACACAAAAAAAUUGAAAAAUUAUGAGAUGAAUGGAGCACCCACCAGUCAUAGGCAACCAAGGGAAAUGUUACGGGACAUGGGACAAGGACUUAAACUUUUCAGAAACGUGGGAGGAAACAUCAGGGAUGGCAUCACUGGUUUUUCAGGGAGUGUGAUGUCUAAACCAAGAGAGUUUGCUCACCUUAUUAAAAACAAAUUUGGAAGUGCUGAUAAUAUAAAUACUUUAUCGCUUGAGAGUAAUGGCUCGACUUUUUAUGUAAACGAUACACCGCGUGCAGGUAAUGGUGAUAACACUAGCGUUGAAGAUGAUAAAACUCAUCACGGAUCGGCUACACUUCCUGGCGGGUGCAGUUUAGGGUCUACUCAUAGCGCAGCUGCUAUGAAGUUCCCAUCUGAGGAAGGAUCAGAGUGUUCUAGUGUGACCAGCGAAAGUGGUCCCGGCAGUAGAGGACAGCCGCACACAUGUCAUAGUAAUAACGCAGCCUUGAGCCUCAAAUCUAUUUUCUCAGAACUGCAAGAACAUCGGGAAAACCUCGACCGAAUGAGGGAAAAAUUAGAUACCGUAAAGGCGUUACAACAGGAGGUGACAUAUCUUUCUCAUUCUCUCCAAGAAGAACGUUUCAGGUGCGAACGUUUGGAAGAACAAAUUAACGAUUUGACGGAACUCCACCAGAACGAAGUGGAGAACUUGAAACAAACCAUUACAGAUAUGGAGGAAAAGGUGCAAUAUCAAAGCGAGGAUAGAUUGCGAGACAUACACGAGAUGUUGGAGAGCUGUCAAACUAAGAUCUGUAAGAUGGAACAUCAGCAGCAGCAGCAUCAGCAAUACGUAACCUUGGAAGGCUUGGAUAACAGCAAUGCCAGAGCAUUGGUUGUAAAAUUAAUAAAUGUAGUAUUAACAGUGUUGCAAGUUAUUUUACUCCUCGUUGCGACAGGUGCUGGUAUUAUGAUGCCUUUCCUCAGAACUAGCUGUACUAAGCCUCAUUGUUUCAUGUGCAGGGUGCGUAUAUUAACAACCACGUUUGUUGUGUUGGGCAUAGUAUUUGUGCUCAAGCAGUGGCCUGAGGUGCACGACGUUGGUAGUCAUCUCAUACGCCACCUUAAGCAGACCCUCGCCAUGAAGUAGCAUUGGUGGAAUACUUAAAUUUAAUCAAACCCUGUGAUGAAGCUGGGCUAUUGGAUAGAUUGAGAUUGAAACUUCGCAUCCGUUUAUCAGUGUUGUAGGAUUGGAGCAAUAAUAGUACGUAUACGUGUAAAUAAGUUUAUUUAUAUCUUGGGUUGUUUAAAUUACCAUUAUAUUAUCACCACAUGAUCAUAAAAAUUAUAUAUGUAUUUUUGAUACCAUUAUUUAAAUCGCGACAAGACUUUUGUUGUAGGGUGUACUUGAUUUUCAAAUUAUAAUUUGUACAAAUUGUCAUUUGAUUCACAAUUUUUAUGUCUUAUCACUUUUGAUUUGACAUUAGUUUUAUGUUUCACGGUCAUGAUUAACGAUCUAUUAGUGCUGGACACUGAGAGAUUUCUUCUGUAUAAAAUAUUCUAUACUUCUGUAUAAAAAUUCUAACAAAAAAAGGAAAAUAUUCAAAUAUUGUAUAUUGCUACUGCUUGACUACAUGUAAUAUAUUAUUACCAGAGUUUAAUUUCACGUAUCUUUAUGUUCAUUUUCUCGCGGAUACCUGGUUAGAGUUGUGUGCAAGAGGCGAAGUGAGAGGGUGUGAUGCACGCCAGAAUACUGUCUUCAGCUUUUACAACUGAAGAACUGUCCAAUCAUAAUUUGUCGGUG